AUGGAGAAAGACCUGUCGUCUCUUUACUCUGAAAAGAAAGACAAAGAGAACGAUGAAACCUUAUUUAACAUCAAACUAUCCAAAUCUGUUGUCGAGACCACACCGCUAAAUGGUCAUUCAUUGUUUGAUGAUGAUAAAUCACUUUCAGACUGGACGGAUAAUGUGUUCACUCAAUCAGUAUUCUAUCACGGGUCAGAUGACUUGAUAUGGGGGAAGUUCUUUGUCUGCGUGUACAAGUCCCCCAACAGCAAUAAGUUGAACGCUAUAAUAUUCGACAAAUUAGGAACAUCAUGCUUCGAAUCCGUCGAUAUAUCUUCCAACUCGCAAUACUAUCCGGCCAUUGAGAAUUUGAGUCCAAGUGAUCAGGAAAGCAAUGUUAAGAAAUGCAUUGCUGUCAUUCUGUUACAGCGCUAUCCAUUACUUUCACCAUCAGACUUAUCACAAAUAUUGUCCAAUAAAUCGGAAAAUUGCGACUAUGACCCCCCUUAUGCUGGAGAUUUGGCUAGUAGUUGCCAGUUGAUAACAGCAGUUCCUCCAGAAGAUCUGGGGAAGCGCUUCUUUACAUCAGGACUUCUGCAAAAUAGAUUUGUCAGCUCUACCCUGUUAGAUGUUAUUUAUGAAAACAAUGAAUCCACCAUCGAACUAAAUAAUAGGUUGGUAUUCCAUCUGGGUGAACAACUUGAACAACUUUUUAACCCAGUCACAGAAUACUCACCGGAACAGACAGAAUAUGGUUAUAAGGCGCCAGAGGACGAAUUACCCACAGAAUCGGAUGAUGAUCUUGUCAAGGCCAUUUGCAACGAGUUAUUACAACUACAAACAAAUUUUACUUUCAAUUUGGUAGAAUUUUUGCAAAAAUUCCUGAUCGCCUUGAGAGUCAGAGUACUCAAUGAAGAAAUUAAUGGGUUAUCCACAACCAAAUUAAAUCGACUCUUCCCACCUACAAUAGAUGAAGUCACAAGAAUCAAUUGUAUUUUUCUAGACUCGCUAAAGACAGCAAUCCCUUACGGUUCCCUCGAAGUACUGAAGGCAUGCAGCAUUACUAUUCCUUAUUUCUACAAAGCAUAUACAAGACACGAGGCGGCCACAAAGAACUUCAGCAAAGAUAUUAAAUUGUUUAUUAGGCAUUUCAGCAAUGUAAUUCCAGAAAGAGAGGUCUACACGGAAAUGAAAAUCGAGAGUAUAAUUAAGGGACCUCAGGAAAAACUACUGAAGCUAAAGUUAAUUAUAGAGAGAUUGUGGAAGUCGAAAAAAUGGAGACCGAAAAAUCAAGAAAUGGCAAAAAAAUGCUACAACAAUAUCAUUGAUGUCAUUGAUUCGUUUGGAAAAUUAGAUUCCCCACUUCAUUCUUAUAGUACCAGAGUAUUUACUCCAUCGGGAAAAAUCCUUACAGAAUUAGCCAAAUGCUGGCCCGUAGAACUGCAAUACAAAUGGCUGAAGAGAAGGGUAGUCGGUGUGUAUGAUGUAGUGGAUUUGAAUGAUGAAAAUAAGAGAAAUUUAUUAGUCAUAUUCAGUGAUUAUGUGGUUUUCAUCAAUAUACUGGAGGCAGAAAGUUACUACACUUCAGAUGGAUCAAACAGGCCCUUAAUCUCAGAUAUUUUAAUGAACUCAUUGAUCAACGAAGUUCCGUUGCCCUCCAAGAUCCCUAAGUUGAAAGUGGAGCGUCAUUGCUAUAUAGAUGAGGUUCUAGUUUCUAUAUUAGACAAAAGCACUCUACGUUUUGAUCGAUUGAAGGGAAAAGAUUCUUUCUCAAUGGUAUGUAAAUUAUCCUCUGCAUUUAUCUCUUCUUCGUCAGUUGCUGACUUGAUUACGAAGGCUAGAAUUUUGGAAAAAGACACUGCAUUUCAUUUAUUUAAAGCUAGUAGAAGCCAUUUUACAUUAUAUUCUACUGCUCACGAGCUUUGCGCUUAUGAUUCCGAAAAAAUAAAAUCAAAAUUUGCCUUAUUCCUGAACAUACCACCAUCCAAGGAGAUAUUGGAGGUCAACAACCUUCAUUUGGCUUUUUUUGCAAGAUUUUGCAGUAACGAUGGUAGAGAUAACAUCGUAAUCUUAGACGUCUUAACCAAACAUGACGAUAAACAUAUAGAAGUUACAUCCGAUAACAUUGUUUUCACCAUAAUUAAUCAAUUGGCCAUUGAAAUACCGAUAUGCUUUUCUUCCUUAAACUCAUCGAUGGCCAAAGAUUUACUCUGUGUAAAUGAGAAUUUGAUAAAAAACUUAGAACAUCAAUUGGAAGAGGUCAAGCACCCUUCAACAGACGAACAUAGGGCUGUUAAUAGCAAACUUUCCGGUGCAUCCGAUUUCGAUGCUACUCACGAGAAGAAAAGAUCAUACGGUACCAUAACAACAUUUAGAAGCUAUACAAGCGACUUGAAGGACAGUCCAUCAGGCGAUAAUAGUAAUGUCACCAAGGAAACUAAGGAAAUUUUACCAGUGAAACCUACGAAAAAGUCUUCAAAAAAACCAAGAGAAAUUCAAAAGAAGACCAAGACAAACGCCUCUAAAGCAGAGCACAUAGAAAAGAAGAAGCCUAACAAAGGCAAAGGGUUUUUUGGCGUGUUAAAAAAUGUUUUUGGAAGUAAAAGCAAGAGCAAGCCUUCACCAGUUCAAAGAGUGCCUAAAAAAAUAUCGCAGAGGCAUCCUAAGUCUCCAGUGAAGAAGCCAAUGACCUCAGAAAAGAAAUCCUCCCCUAAAAGGGCAGUCGUUUCAUCUCCCAAAAUUAAAAAGAAAAGUACUUCUUUUUCCACAAAAGAAUCACAAACUGCUAAAUCUUCUCUUCGAGCAGUUGAAUUCAAAUCUGAUGACUUGAUCGGAAAACCACCUGAUGUUGGAAAUGGCGCACAUCCUCAAGAAAAUACCAGAAUAUCUUCAGUAGUAAGGGAUACAAAAUAUGUCUCCUACAAUCCCUCUCAGCCUGUGACAGAAAAUACCAGUAACGAAAAAAAUGUCGAACCAAAAGCGGAUCAAUCCACAAAGCAGGAUAACAUUUCCAAUUUUGCAGAUGUAGAGGUAUCUGCGUCUUCUUAUCCUGAAAAACUUGAUGCAGAAACAGAUGAUCAAAUAAUUGGGAAGGCGACGAAUUCGUCAUCAGUUCAUGGAAAUAAAGAGCUGCCAGACCUUGCUGAGGUGACUACAGCAAAUAGGGUUUCUACAACAUCGGCUGGGGACCAACGUAUUGAUACCCAAAGCGAAUUUUUACGUGCAGCUGAUGUUGAAAACUUAAGUGAUGACGAUGAACACAGACAGAAUGAAAGUAGAGUUUUUAACGAUGACCUCUUUGGUGAUUUUAUUCCUAAGCAUUACCGUAAUAAACAGGAGAACAUUAACAGCUCGAGUAAUUUGUUUCCAGAGGGAAAGGUGCCCCAAGAAAAGGGCGUAUCAAAUGAAAACACUAACAUAUCUCUCAAAACUAAUGAAGAUGCAUCUACAUUGACGCAGAAACUCUCUCCACAAGCGAGUAAAGUGCUGACAGAAAAUUCUAAUGAAUUAAAAGAUACCAACAAUGAAGGGAAGGACGCAAAGGACAUAAAAUUAGGAGAUGAUUACAGUGAUAAAGAAACAGCGAAAGAAAUAACUAAACCAAAAAAUUUUGUUGAAGGAAUAACUGAACGGAAAGAAAUAUUCCCCACUAUUCCUAGGUUAGCGCCGCCAGCUUCAAAAAUUAACUUUCAAAGGUCACCAUCCUAUAUUGAGCUCUUUCAAGGAAUGAGGGUGGUUUUAGAUAAGCAUGAUGCCCAUUAUAACUGGAAACGCUUGGCUAGUCAAGUCUCCUUAAGUGAGGGACUAAAAGUCAAUACUGAGGAAGAUGCGGCAAUUAUAAAUAAAAGUCAGGAUGAUGCCAAGGCGGAAAGAAUGACUCAAAUUUCUGAAGUGAUUGAGUAUGAAAUGCAGCAACCUAUCCCAACUUAUUUGCCUAAGGCGCAUCUAGAUGACUCGGGUAUUGAAAAAAGUGAUGACAAAUUCUUCGAAAUUGAAGAAGAACUUAAGGAAGAAUUGAAGGGCAGCAAAACCGGUAAUGAAGAUGUCGGUAAUAAUAAUCCAUCCAAUUCUAUUCCAAAAAUCGAGAAGCCCCCAGCAUUCAAAGUUAUUAGAACAUCGCCUGUGAGAAUUAUCGGAAGGACUUUUGAAGACACUAGAAAAUAUGAAAAUGGCUCUCCAUCUGAUAUUUCGUUCACUUAUGAUACUCACAACAAUGAUGAACCUGACAAAAGGCUGAUGGAAUUAAAAUUUCCAUCCCAAGAUGAAAUUCCGGAUGACAGAUUCUAUACUCCAGCAGAGGAACCCACUGCUGAAUUUCCGGUGGAAGAACUUCCAAAUACUCCGCGAAGUAUUAACGUUACAACUUCAAAUAACAAGAGCACAGACGAUAAGUUGAGUAGCGGUAAUAUUGAUCAAAAACCUACCGAACUGUUAGAUGAUUUAGAAUUCAGUUCAUUUAAUAUAGCAUUUGGAAAUACCUCCAUGAGUACUGACAAUAUGAAAAUAUCAUCCGACUUAAGUUCGAAUAAAACCGUGUUAGGAAAUGCUCAGAAAGUUCAAGAGUCUCCUAGUGGACCAUUAAUCUAUGUUUUGCCUCAGAGUAGCACAAAGCAUGAGAAAGAGGGGUUCCUUCGAAAGAAACAAAAAGACGAGCCCAUUUGGGUUUCCCCUAGCAAAAUUGACUUUGCUGAUCUAAGUAGGAGAACUAAAGCAUUGACGCCAGAGCGUAAUACUGUUCCUUUGAAAAACAACGACAGUAGAAAAUACAAAUAUACUGGAGAGGGAUCUAUCGGUAAUAUGACAAAUAUGCUGUUAACUAAAGAUGCUUCGUACGCGUACUUAAAAGAUUUUGUUGCGUUGAGUGACGAUGAAGAUGAAGAUGGGAAACAGAACUGCGCUGUUGGUGGCCCAGAGAAACUGAAAUUUUAUUGA